AGUUUAGAAGACGCUGUGCCAAGCAUUGAGCUGCAUGAUGAUGUGCAGGGAAGGAUGACUGUCUGUUUAUGCAUCCCAGGUUGUGUGUGUGUGUUAGGAAAUGAAAAGGUAUGCUACCAGUGAUGGGAUGUAGGUGGUGACGUGUAGACAGAUUGACUGCCUGAUCUUAAAGAUCUCCCUUGCAGCCGGUGACUUAUCUGUGGAAACCUGAUCCAGGCCUUACCUGUAGGUGCAUAGAAACUGAUCCAAAGCAGCGGGUGAAUAUUUCAGUAGGUCCUAACCCCAAACCAGCUGGUGUGUACUACAGACUUGAGGCUAAGGUUUCACCCUAUACAAGCCUACGCGCCUGACACAGCUGUUGACUUUGAAAUUGUGAAUUAAAUAGUGUCCAUACCUUUUAAAUGGGACUGGUUUUAAAGUUAGAGAAAGUAUCAGGUAAAUUUAUCAAAUUUAUUCAUCAUGCAAUACAGAGUGAGACAACAGGAUGACAAAGGUGUUGAUGGAAAAUCAGAAUUAACCACACUGUAAAAUAACUCAACCUGAAACUAGCGCACAAAAACAAAUGUCUAGUUAGGGUUGCUAUGGAAAUAGCUGAACCAUGCAUAAGUUUAAUGGGGAAUCUCGCCGACAAAGAAAAGCACGUUUGAAUUUGGAUAUGCUUUUAAGAACAUGAACUGAAAAGACAGACGUCCUGCACACAUUGUCGGACAUGCAGCCAGAUGGGAGACUGUGGCCAACCCUGAUGCAAUCAAAAUAUGAUUCAAGAUUUUAUUUUUUACUGCAGAAAGCUAGUUUUAGGCUUGUGGAACAAUUAAGUAUAAUUAACUUUGGAUCUGCAUAUUCAUGUCUGUUUUGUUGUACUUAAAGACUUGAUAACUCUUGAGCAGUUUGUGAACGCAUAUUACUGAUUUGUUUUAGUGCUGCUGAAUAUUUAUACUAGUAUAAUUUAGUGUACCUCAGUAAAACUGAAAAUAUACAAUGCAAAUCAAUGCAUUGUAGUAAUUUUCCUCUACAAGGUGACUUUAACUUGCAAAGGACACAAAGAACUUACUGAAUGAAGUAUGUGGUAUUUUCAUAAAUUCAGAAAUGUGAGUAUUUUGAUCAUGUUUUUAGCACUUUUUUUUUGAUAUUUCUAACAAUUUACAGUAAUUUUAUCGAUCUUAUUUGAAGCAGUAGCAUACUGGUUGCAGCCAUGGAGGCUGCUGCGUCGUUUGACUGGCGUUGAGAUUAUGUGUGUGUGGACACAAGAAAGAACUGGACUUUCAAAGAGCGUUAGUUUUGGCCCCCGAUUCCAACACAUGGUUGCCAACAGAUUCUUCUCUUGGGUAAACGGAGACACAGAGACUGCAAACUGCUACUCAUCCUUGGCUGUGGGGUGUGUUUGGCCAAGGAACAGGAAAUCAUUGGGACAAAUGGGUCACUUAUUGACGUGCACACUACCUUGGCCGACUCUGGAGCUUUUGAUCUAUAAUUGUGAAAUCAAGUGAUUUAAACACCUGAAACAUUCUCCAGAAAGUACAAUAUAGCCUUUUUUUCAUAGUUUUUACUGUGUACUUUUUAUUCCAUACUUUUUUCCUGCUGAGGGUCACAGGGAAUUUUCCCACUCGUGUCCUUGCUUUUAACUCCUACUUGGAUGGAUCAUGGUGUUCUCUCUGUAAUUCGUAUUUAUAAAAGAAUGUGAUUCAGCGCCACCUUUUUUUUUUUCCCAGAAGGUUGUGGUCUCCUGUUGGCAUCAGGGCACAGACAAGGUGACACUAAAGGUGGAGGCAGCUGUCUGAGUGAGUGGAUGAGUAAAUCUCUUCAGUGUGUUUGUAUUGUACAGUGAAAGCUUCAGUGGGUUUUUACUGCUGCUUGGGUUAAAUGAUGCCAAGUCAUGCUGCGUUAAUGCAUGUGGAAUUCGGCACAAGUCGCUCUUAAGUGUGCAAGCACGCAGGGAGGACGUCUGCUGCGCGUUUGCUCAGGAGGCAGUAAGACAUGAGAGGAGGCCUUUUUCGUCUCCCGCAGGAGAAAGACGAGAGGGAGGAAGCGUGGAUUUGUAGGCACAGUGGUGGGAGGCGUUGGAGCCAAAGAGAGGUGAAGAUGGAGGAGGACAGUGUCAUCAAUGAGGGGAAAAAAAGGUCAAUUGAAAAACUUAUUUCCCGUUUUGUUUUGGUUUUUUUAAAGUGAAUAUAGUGGCCUCCAUGCAAGGUGCAUGAGUAGCUCCGACAUGCUUCGGCGUGUAGGGGAAUCCCAGUCUAUUAAAUCAAUUAUCUACUUCAGCAGAACCUCGGGGAGGAUCCUCCAGCAUGGCUUUGUGUGGCUGGAAUAGAAGUUGUUUUGCUUGAGGGUUCUGAGCUGUUUUUAAAGUCCUACUCAUUUGCAGUUGAUUACAACCCAAACCGCCACUGACCCCAACGUCCAAGUGGAAAUGAGCUGCUAAUUUGAAAAUGCGGGUACGCUCCGUCCAUGCGUGUCUGUGGAGCGGUGCCCAGUCGGCGCGUCAGUGACUGAGUGGGUGGUUUCGCACUGCUUGGGAAAGACUUUCAGCGCCCUCCCCUUCCCCCUCCCUCCCACUCUUUCCCCGACUUCCCUCCCUCCAGCUGUUUUCCUGUAUUAGCUGAGACCUGGAGCCAAGCUACCCUCCCACCCCCCGACGCGACCCCGCGUCACUAGCGGGAACUCGCCGACGUAAGGACAUGCACAAACACUCUCUCUUUGUGUCCGUCUCUGCUCUGUCCCGCACUUGUCCGGCUGCUGACUGAGUGCUGACCUCGCUUUGGACUCCACACACUGAGGAGCAAGUAUUCAGAGGCUUCGACUUGGCCGCCGCGAUUGCGGGCUCACGUUACCGUGCGAGAGCUGCCUGGCUGUUUGUAGAAAUGCUCCUGGGGAGAGUGGUUGCCCCUGGUUGAGACGUGGGCCCCACAGGAUCCACUUCAUUGUCGUCCUUACUGUGCCCAUGAGGUAACGUCAGGACCUGCUGCCCCCUCAUUACCACCCUUGGUCCAUCCACCUCCCUCCCCUCUGUCCCUUCCAUCCUCGGACCUUACCAGUCAUGGGCCAGAAGAUCUCGGGCAGCAUCAAGUCAGUGGAUGUACGCGGGGAACCCUCCUAUCGGCCGGUACGCCGCGAACUGCGUGGCCCAGACUUCUGCCGGCCCCCCAGGCUGGACCUGCUGCUAGACAUGCCUCCAGCCAGCACGGAGGCGCAGCUCCGCCACGCGUGGAACCCCGACGACCGGUCGCUAAACGUCUUUGUUAAGGAGGACGACAAGCUGACGUUCCACCGGCACCCUGUAGCACAAAGCACGGACUGUAUCCGAGGCAAGGUGGGCUACACCAGAGGACUACAUGUCUGGAGGAUCCACUGGCCGGCCAGACAGCGGGGCACCCACGCUGUCGUGGGCGUCGGCACUGCCGAAGCACCUUUACAUUCAGUGGGCUACACAGCCCUGGUGGGCUCAGACUCCGAGUCCUGGGGCUGGGACCUGGGUCGGAACAGACUCUACCACGAUGGGAAGAAUCGUCCCAUCGCCACAUCGGCGCCCACGUACCCUUGUUUUCUGGAGCCAGACGAGUCCUUUGUGCUUCCAGACUCCUUGACGGUAAUAUUGGAUAUGGAUGAAGGAACGCUGAGCUUCAUGGUGGAUGGCCAGUAUCUGGGAGUGGCUUUUAGGGGACUAAAGGGCAAGAGACUGUAUCCUAUAGUCAGUGCUGUGUGGGGGCACUGUGAAGUUUCUAUUAGAUACGUCAAUGGACUUGAUCCGGAGCCCCUCCCCCUCAUGGACCUGUGCAGACGAGUAGCCCGACUGGCUCUGGGGAGAGAGCGCAUCCAUCACAUUGACACACUCCCACUGCCGCAGACUCUCAAGAACUACCUCCAGUACCAGUGACAACACAGACGCGCACGCGGGCAAAUGGGACGAAACAGAGUCGUACGUUCUCAUGGUAACCAGCCUCUCAACUGAUCUUAAUCACAACCAUGAGACAUCUGCAGAGGACGCAGAAGAUGACGUUGAACACGCACAGUUGGCGAACGUGGCGCUGUUUACACCCAUUGGGCCCUUUUUUUAAUCUCUCCAGCUUUUUAAUUUUUUUUUUUUUUUUUUUUUUUUUUUUUUUGUAGCUAACUGCUGUUUUUAUCCUGGACGUAGGACUAGAGGAGCUUAUGAAUGAAAUGAAGCAAGGGGAGAUUAAAACAACUGUAGUGCAAUGCAUUCACCUGCUAAUAAUACUGUAUAUGCACAGUCAAACUACAUGUCUUUAUCAAAAAGGCCUUAAAUGCUGUGGGUUUGAGUGGGCAGUUCCUCUAGCUUCCUCUGAAACGUGUUGGUCUUUAUAUUCCCUGCAGCAAGCCGGCUCUGAGGAGAAGCAGCAAUGCCUCCAAGCCACAGGGAGGAGGGGGAGAGGGCGCAGCAGCCCGAGAGGGAGGAGGCUUUACACCUCGUCAUACUGGUGUAAACUGUGCAGAACGCACGCAUUAGCGCGGCGUGUGCGAGUUCGACGACUGUAUAGGAAUAAAGCUCGUGGCAGGAGAUGAGUCAGAAGUAGGAAGUCUUUGUUUUAAAUGUUUAAUUUCCUCUGCUCUUACAUCAAAGGCUCCUAAUGUUUUGGAGCCAGAGGAACUUUUCUCAGGAACUUUCGUGAGCCUUUGUGGCUGUUUUGCUCUGUGUGUCUGCAGAUUAAAGAUGCUGAUGGUUAAGGCAGUAUUAACAAAAACGAGCAAAAAAAGUAAAAAAAAGGCUCUUGACUGGUGCUGUUUACUAUACGGAUGCUCGAUGCGGCUGCUCCCUCUCUCGUCUUCUCUUUCAAGGAAGAUGACACCAAAGCCUAAUUUUAACUUCAGUGAAGUGGGACACGAGUUCAGACAGUCGUUGUCUGUGAAACCCAUUCACCCCCCCCCCCCCCCCCUCCCUCCCUAAAGGCCCCUGGGUUCUGGAGCGUACUCUAGCAGAGUUCAAGCCUCCUGUUCUCUGGAAUGAAUACGUUUGGCAUAAUGAGCACAGGGCCACGUCCGCUGACGUGAAGAUGUCUCUACAACUGUGCCUGCUCUGAGACGGUCCAAACGCAGCCACGCUGGCGCAUCAGAAGACGCUCCUUUACUCCCCCAAAGUUCUAAAUGCUGCUUUUCUAUCUUCUUCCACAGUCUUAAUAUCAUGUGGGUUUUUAUCCCAGAGUUACUUUUGAUGGGUUAUGUUUGCAUUUGUUUUUUUUGUUUUUUUUAAAUCUAUUUUUGCUUCAUGGAUAGAUGUGUCUAUGGGACGUUUCGCAUGUAUAGGUGGAAGAAUAUGCUCCCAUGAGAAUCUUUUAAUGUGAAUAAAAAAUAAAACUCUUCUAAACUCAAA